AUACACACACUGUUUCAAACUGAAGAGUCAGAGAGAGAGAGAGAGAGAGAGAGAGAGAGAGAAUGGAGAUAGAGGUAGCAAGCAAAGAUGAGUGUGGUGGUGAUGAUAUGGAGAAGGGAGUAGUGGGAUUAAGUGGUGGAGAUGAGAGAGGAAUGUACUUGGUGUGGGAAGAUCUGAGGGUGGUGGUUCCAAACUUUGGGAAUGGACACACAAAGAGGUUGAUAAAUGGACUUACUGGUUUUGCUGAGCCUGGUAGGAUCAUGGCUAUCAUGGGUCCUUCUGGUUCUGGCAAGUCCACCCUUCUUCACUCUUUAGCAGGUAGACUCUCAGGAAAUGUUAUCAUGACUGGCAAUGUUCUCCUUAAUGGCAAGAAGAGGAGUCUUCACUAUGGUGUUGCUGCUUAUGUAACCCAAGAAGAUAUACUGUUAGGAAGUCUAACAGUGAGAGAAACCAUCACGUACUCAGCCCAUUUGAGGCUACCAACCAAAAACAUGAGCAAAGAAAAGAUAAAUGGUAUCAUAGAAGGAACACUCACUGAAAUGGGACUUCAAGAUUGUGCUGAUCACCUCAUCGGAAACUGGCAUUUGAGAGGCAUAAGUGGUGGGGAGAAGAAGAGACUCAGCAUUGCACUCGAAAUCCUUACAAGGCCCCAUCUCUUGUUUCUUGACGAGCCCACUAGCGGCCUUGACAGCGCCUCCGCCUUCUUCGUGACUCAAAUCCUCAGAAACAUUGCGCACGAUGGCAGAACAGUUAUAUCUUCGAUUCAUCAGCCGAGUAGUGAAGUGUUUGCGUUGUUUGAUGACCUUUUCUUGAUAUCUGGGGGUGAAACCGUUUACUUUGGAGAAGCAAAGAUGGCAGUAGAGUUCUUUGCGGAGGUGGGUUACCCGUGUCCGAGUAGAAGAAGCCCUUCAGAUCACUUCCUACGUUGUAUAAACUCAGACUUCGACAAUGUCACUGCCUCUCUCAUCGAAUCACAUAGAAUACCGGAAACAGAAAAAUCAUCAAGCCUUAUGAUGAAUUUGGCAACAGCAGAGAUCAGAAGCAUGCUGGUUAAGAAAUACAAAUGCUCAAAGCAUGCAGCCAGAGCCAGAGCUAGGGUUCAAGAAAUCUCAACUAUUGAAGGACUUGUGAUGGAAACAAAAACUGGAAGCCAGGCAACAUGGUGCAAGCAACUAUCAACUUUAACAAAAAGAUCAUUCAUAAACAUGUCUAGGGAUGUUGGAUAUUAUUGGCUGAGGAUAAUCACAUACAUAGUUGUAUCUAUAUCUGUUGGUUCCAUCUUUUUCAAUGUUGGCACCAGCUACUCUGCGAUCUUGGCGCGCGCAUCAUGCGGUGGAUUUAUAUCAGGUUUCAUGAUCUUCAUGUCCAUUGGAGGCUUCCCAUCUUUCAUUGAAGAAAUGAAGAUUUUCUACAAAGAGAGACUCAACGGUCAUUACGGAGUCGGCGCGUAUGUCAUUUCAAACUUCAUAUCUUCAUUUCCAUUCUUGAUUGCAAUGUCACUUAGUACCGCUACUAUUAUUUAUCACAUGGUGAAGUUCCGACCUGGCUUCUCACAUUUUGCCUAUACGUGCCUUGACCUUGUGAGCUCCAUCGCCGUCAUUGAGAGUUGCAUGAUGGUUGUGGCUUCACUCGUUCCCAACUUCUUGAUGGGACUCAUAACCGGGGCUGGAAUCAUUGGAGUUAUGAUGAUGACAGCCGGGUUCUUUCGAUUCUUGCCUGAUCUUCCCAAGCCAUUUUGGCGCUACCCAAUGUCGUAUAUCAAUUAUAUGGCAUGGGCAUUACAGGGGGAAUACAAGAAUGACAUGAUCGGGCUCGAGUUUGAUCCUCUACAACCAGGAGAUCCAAAACUGAAGGGCGAGGUUAUCAUCAAUACUGUGCUUGGCAUUUCGUUGGACCAUUCCAAGUGGUGGGAUUUAACUGUCGUUAUAGUCAUUCUUAUAGUUUAUAGACUUCUCUUCUUCACCAUUCUCAAGUUCAAGGAGAGAGCUUCACCAGUGUUUCGAACAAUUUAUACCAAGAGAACUCUGCAUCAUCUCAGUAAGAGGCCUUCAUUCAGGAAGACACCACAUUUUCCUUCACAAAGGCACCAAAUUAUGCAUUCAUUAUCUUCUCAAGAGGGUCUCAACUCCCCAAUCCACUAGAAGUAAGCAUUAGAUUUUUUUUUCUUUAUGAUUAAAGAUUUUCGUAGAGCGACUCUUGUUUUAUGUUUUUGAAACUUAUUAUUUGAUGUAACUACUACCGAAAGCAAAAGUGACUCGCCUAGCUGGCUGACUACCAAGUGUCCCUAGAUUAAUCAUACCAUUAGUUUGUAAACCUCUCCCCCAUCCUUUUGAAAUACUUACAAAUGUGGUGUAUUUGCAUAUUGCGAGGGGCUCAAGAAAGAGAAGCGAUUCUAUUUUGCACUUAAUUUCACAAC